UCUGUUUGGUUGUUCCAAAAACCAAGCUUUCACUUCCUUUUUACAAAAAUCUAAUAGUAAAGGAUAAUUAUUUUCAAACAUUAUAAACCAUUUGAUUUAGAAAAGUAUUUUGUAUCUGAAAAUAUAGGAGGCUUUCGUUUAAGUUUUAAUUCAUAGAAUUUACUGGAAAACUACGAACUGUCAAAAGGCGCCAGUUGUUGAAGAAAGAACCAUCAUCUGUCUGUCAUACUUACGAAAGCUUGGUCAUCCGUUUUAAUGGAAAAAUAAUGCCCGUUAAAGUUGAUAUAACUCCACCACCUCCAGCAAAUUCCAAACAGCCUGGAGUUACAAAGUCUCUGCUUUAUAACGGUUCCAAAUUUCAAGGGCACCAAAAAAGCAAAGGCAACUCAUAUGAGGUCGAAGUGGUUUUACAGCAUGUAGACGAAGAAAAUUCAUACCUAUGCGGGUAUUUAAAAAUAAAAGGUUUAACGGAGGAGUUUCCAACAUUAACAACUUUUUUCGAUGGAGAAAUCAUUUCUGCCAAAUAUCCCUUUCUUACAAGAAAGUGGGAUGCCGAUGAAGAUGUUGAUAGGAAACACUGGAGCAAGUUUGAUUUGUUUGUACCUUACUUAAAAACAUUCAACUCAGAUUCCUUUGACUAUGACUCUCUUGAAAAGGCUGAUUAUGUGUUUAUGAGGUGGAAAGAACACUUCUUAGUGCCAGAUCAUACAAUAAAGGACAUAAAUGGUGCUUCUUUUGCUGGUUUUUACUAUAUAUGCUUCCAUAAGUCUGCGGCCACAAUAGAAGGCUAUUAUUAUCACCGGAGUUCUGAAUGGUAUCAAUCUUUGACUUUAAGUCAUGUACCGGAACACAGCAUCCAAAUUUAUGAGUUUAGAUGAAAUCACCAUGUGAAAACUUAAAAAUUUGGAUUGGUAUUUUUGUGUCCGCUAGUACUUACUUGUUCAUUAAGUGUUAACUUCAGUCAGUAUCCAAAAUGUGUAAAGAUUGCCAAUGUUGUGUUUCUUCAGUAAUUUAAGAUAAAGAUGUCAGGGCUAAUAAUAGAUAUUCAUUCAGAACAAAGUAAUUCAGAAAUGUAAUUUUACAUAAUGAUUCAUGAACAACAUUGUGUCAUAUUCUGUUUUUGCACAUACUUCAGUGCCGAGGAGCUCCAAAUGUUGUGUAGUAUAAUAGGAAUUAUUAUUGUGAUAUUUUGUACAAAUGACUUGCAUGUAAGUUGUUUCUAUUAUUUGAUCAUCAUUUUUGUUAUGAAUUUUAUGUACAAUAGUCAGAAAGUUACCUACUUACUUCAUGUUUAUUGAAGUGUGUGCAAGUACAGGGAAUCUCGUAUUACUGAACAAGUUAUUAUAUCAUUUGGCACUUACUAGUAGGAACUAUUAUCAAUGUUAUUGAUAAAAUUGAAUAUUUUUUUUUCAAUAAAACAUCUUACAGUUA